GGCCGGCUCGGGGCACGGCUGCGUUCGCCGAGCAGCAUCGCCGGUGUCCCCGCAGGCAUCCCCGCGGGCUUUGUGCCCGUUCCAGCCCCGGGCCGGCGCACGCACGGAGCGGCGCCAGCGAUCCCCCGGUCCCGCAUCCCCGCGCUGCCCGCCGUGUCGCGGGCCCCGGUGAGGCAGCAUGGGGAAGAGCUGCAAGGUGGUGGUGUGCGGCCAGGCCUCCGUCGGGAAAACCUCCAUCCUGGAGCAGCUGCUGUACGGGAACCAUGUGGUCGGCUCGGAGAUGAUCGAGACGCAGGAGGACAUCUACGUGGGCUCCAUCGAGACGGACCGGGGGGUGCGGGAGCAGGUUCGCUUCUACGACACGCGGGGGCUGCGGGACGGCCUGGAGCUGCCCAAGCACUGCUUCUCCUGCACCGACGGCUACGUGCUGGUCUACAGCACCGACAGCAAGGAGUCCUUCAAGCGCGUGGAGCUCCUCAAGAAGGAGAUUGACAAGUCCAAAGACAAGAAGGAGGUAACCAUCGUGGUUUUGGGCAACAAGUGUGACCUGCAGGAGCAGCGCCGGGUGGACCAGGAGGCGGCGCAGCACUGGGCCAAGGGCGAGAAGGUGAAGCUGUGGGAGGUGUCGGUGGCUGACCGGCGCACGCUGAUCGAGCCCUUCAUCUACCUGGCCAGCAAGAUGACGCAGCCCCAGAGCAAGUCUGCCUUCCCCCUGAGCCGCAAGAACAAGGGCAGUGGGUCCCUGGAUGGCUGAGCCUCCUCCCUUCCCUCGCCACCUCCUCUUCCUCGCCUCCCUCUUCCCUCGCACCACCUCCCGCUGAGCCCCCGCGCCUCUGCGAGGGUCCCAGGGCUGGGGGUGGCCUGUGAGGAGGAGGGGGGUGACCAAUCUCCCCGCAGCCGGCAGGCACCGCUCCUUCCUCUGCCCGGCCCCUGCCGGCGCCGGAGGGGCCCCGGGAGCGGCGGGAGGGAAGGCACCGCGGCGCUGGCCAGCAGGUGGGGAUCGGCGGCAGGGCUGCGCCGGGGC